UCAUAAGCAUACAAGGAGACACAUGCUCACCGGCUCUCACCGUGGAGGUAGUGCCUGUUCCCUCCGCCGGCCCUACAUCCACCUACAACUUUGAUACCAUUUAUCCAUCCCUGGAAGUCCUGUUCAAACAUUGACAAAUAUUGGCCUUCAUCAACAGAAUAAAAGGCCAGGCUUGGGGAACAGAGGCCCUGCCUUGGGGUGACAGUAUAAGACGGAUGCUCCGCGUGUGAGUUAGUUGUAAGACUGGUAUCAAUUUCUUCUCCAAACACGGAUAUAUUUAUUUUACAUUCUUGGAUAAUAUUUACCACACAGAGUUCAGACCUGAUAACACCAAAGAUACAAUCCUAUGUACUAGGAGGAGGAGUGGAACAUUGACAUGACUUAGCCGGCAGCCUGGAGUGACAUCCCCACCAUGUUAACCUGCCCGAUGUAGACAAUGCGUGCUGCAGGCAGAGCAACCCAAGCAGAACCAGUGCUAAUUUGCUAACAGAGGAAGCAUUAUUACAAUUCUGCCAAUGCCUGACUUUUUACACCUGAAGUAAAUAAUUCCAGAACCUGCUCAUUAUAGGUUUCUGUCAUAAAACACCAAUUAUUUGCCUGUAAGUCUAAAGAAGCCUAAUUACAGGUACUUGGGGAAUAUCAUCCCACAAACUUACAGCAGCCUUCCCAUAACCGAGCCAGCACCUCCGUCUGUAGUAGAUCAUUUGUAUAAUGUGAUCCUCCAGUUAUUGUGUUCUGACAAAUGGAUUCAGGUAGAGUGUAUUAUCAUUAUUGAUGUGACAAGCGAGAGGAGACUGAAUCAGAGAUUUCCAUUGAUACUACAGAAGUGAUUACCUGUUGAAAUCUGUGACGAUGGGACUGUGAUAAAAUGUGUCAUCGUGUGUGGGUACUGUGGCUGUAAUCGUGUGUCAGACAUAGAGGAUGAGGAUUCGUACUGGAGGAUGAUUCGCCAAUAUGAGAGUGUUACUUUGGAUUUUAACGGUGUAUAUCUGUCGAGUACAAGUUACACAGAACACUCUCAGCAGUGAUGAUCCUCUUGUACUGAACUUUACAGAGAAAGGUCCCCCAGGGAAGAGAUUGCACGGGAUAGAGCCGCUUGGGUUUUAUGUUAAGAAGGGGAAGGUUGACGGAGCAGUAGACAGACCACAAGAUAAGGCAGCUAACUGCGAUCACAAAUUCUCCUUCAAAAUGCAACAGAAGGGUACAUUCAUGUCCCCAGGCUUCCCCAACAAGUAUCCACAGGAAGUCGAGUGCAGCUACUUCUUCCAUGCUACUCCAGAAGGCCGCAUCAAAAUCAGCUUUGACUACUUCAACCUGGAGGUGCGUUCAGAUAAGGGGUGCCAGUUUGACUACAUAGAGAUCCACUAUGUGAAUGAUGAGGGCUUCAAGUCAGAAGUGGGUCGCUUCUGUGGCACUGACACACCUGAAGAAUUUGUGUCAUUACAACCCAAAAUGGAAAUUGUCUUCAAGUCGGACUCCACCAAGGAGCAAAAUGGCUUCAUAGCUCACUAUGAGUUUCUGGGCGACAACUGGCAACCCUUCGGCCCCUCCACUAUAGGGUGUGGUCCCGGGUACCUAACAGGCAGUGGCGGGCUGAUCAUAUCACCAAACUAUCCCGCACUCUUUCCGACCUUAAGCCGGUGUUCAUGGAUCAUCAAGGUCAAAGACACACAGAAGAUCCUGCUCCAGAUUGUUGACAUGGAAAUCUCCAGCAGUACUCACCCCUUUAGUUCCUGUACAGAUGCAUUCCUCCUGUUCUUCAAUGGUUUUGCCAUCCCUGGAAUGUACCCUGAGGAACGAUUUUGCGACAGCCUGGACAAUGUCCCAGUGGUUAAACGAGAGUUCCUUUCCACCUCUUCCAGAGUCGUUAUCAGGUUUGAGUCGGGACCUUCCAGCUCUGCUAGGAAGACAGGAUUUAAGUUGGUUUGGACAGCAGUAUCCCUAGUGAAGCCAGCAGGUGACUGCCACGGAUUUAUGUGCUCUGGGAAUGAUAAGUGUUCUGACCGGUCCUCCUGUAGGAAGUACUGUAUAGACCAGUCGCUGAGGUGUGACGGCAACCCCAACUGUGGCGAGGUGGACACCAGUGAUGAAGACAAGUGCCUCAGUCGCGUGUUGUGGAUCACUAUGUAUGCUGUCUUGCCCUGUAUCCUCAUAAUUGCAUCUAUAGCUUUGAUUGUCUACUGCUACAAACGCCAACGCCGGAAGAAAUUAUACAUUGAGAAGAAAGAGGCUCAGAGGAAUGAACAAACCCACUGGGUUUCACCACAUAUACGAAGUUUGGAGCAGAGUCCAAACCCAGGCCGCUCUACUACCAUGUUAACUACAUCUUUUGUAUCCUCCAAACCUUUUACAGACAUAGAUUAUAAAGACAAUCCUGUUAUCAAAGAAAAUGUUGAAAAUUCAAAUAAAAGUGAUAAUUUAUCAAAUACUGUUAGCUCUGUGGAAAAUACACCAAAAAAGGUAGUCAAUAAUAAAAAAGGCCCUGAGAUUGAAGAGAAUGAAAUUGUUGUGCCCUCAAUUGACAAUAAAAAGGGUUAUAAUAAUGAAGAACCUCAUGUUCAGUUUGAAAUGGAUACAAUUCCAAACUUUAGGACACACCAAAAACGGUCAUCAUACCAUCUUAUGCAAGAACUGAAUUUAGGGGAGAGUGAGAUUAUGAUAGCUAAGAUUUGACAGCUAUUACACAGUUUGUUUUGUUACAGUAAAACCCUUCUGUUACCUGGUGGUCACUUGACCAUACAGGUACUAAUUACUUAUAUACACAAUGUUAUAGGAUAUAAUGUAUCAGUUUGUCUGCAUCAUGUUCCAUUGCGUUUAUUGGUAUAUAUAUGAGGUAACUCAUUAUACUUGUCCAUUCUUCAUUUAUCAGUUUAUAGAUUUUAUAUGUGAUACAUGUACAAUAUAUUCCCGAAUCAUUUCUUACCUUGGAUCAAUAAAACCUGUUUCUUACUGCGAGAUAAAGAAUGUGAAAUAAUAAGGUAAUGUGAUAAACUGUCUUGCCUGGAUGUUCAAAGUCAAAAGGUUUUGUUCAGGUAUCCAUCUGUAUACUUUCAUACACAGGAAAGUUUAUAUACACAGGCUGAUUGGGCCACUUGACUUAGCUUACUGUUACCUGGUAACUACAGGCUGAAUGGGCCACUAAUAUUAGCUUACUGUUACCUGGUAACUACAGGCUGAAUGGGCCACUGGACUUACCUUACUGUUACCUGGUAACUACAGGCUGAUUGGGCCACUUGACUAAGGUUACUGUUACCUGGUAACUACAGGCUGAAUGGGCCACUGGACUUAGCUUACUGUUACCUGUUAACUACAGGCUGAUUGGGCCACUGGACUAAGCUUACUGUUACCUGGUAACUACAGGCUGAAUGGGCCACUGGACUUAGCUUACUGUUACCUGUUAACUACAGGCUGAUUGGGCCACUGGACUAAGCUUACUGUUACCCGGUAACUACAGGCUGAUUGGGCCACUGGACUUAGCUUACUGUUACCUGUUAACUACAGGCUGAUUGGGCCACUGGACUAAGCUUACUGUUACCUGAUAACUACAGGCUGAUGGGCCACUGGACUAAGCUUACUGUUACCCGGUUACUACAGGCUGAUUGGGCCACUGGACUUAGCUAACUGUAGCCUGGUAACUUUAGGCUGAAUGGGCCAUUGGACUAAGCUUACUGUUACCUGGUAACUACAGGCUGAAUGGGCCUCUGGACUAAGCUUAGUUACCUGGUAACUACAGGCUGAAUGGGCCUCGGGACUAAGCUUACAGUUACCUGGUAACUACAGGCUGAAUGGGCCACUGGACUAAUAGCCUACUGUUACCUGGUAACUAUAGACUGAAUGGGCCAUUGGAUUAAGCUUACUGUUACUUGGUAACUACAGCCUGAAUGGGCCACUGGACUUACCUUACUGUUAUCCGGUAACUACAGGCUGAAUGGGCCAUUGGACUAAGCUUACUGUUACCUGGUAACUACAGGCUGAAUGGGCCACUGGACUAAUAGCCUACUGUUACCUGGUAACUGUACA